UAUAACCAUAUUAUCACUCUGGACAAUAAUUCGUAUAUAAGUGGGACCCAAAAACGACCAAAGACAGAACAAGUUGAACCAUUCAACCAAAACAACAAAAUGUUCGCUAAAGUUUUGUGUGCCUGUUUAUUGGUGGUGGUUUCAGCCGCCCCUCAGGAUUACCACCACGGCCAUGCCUCCUCCUACUCUUCCCUCACCCAACACCACACCCAUGGACACACCGCCCCCGUCCUUGCCCUCCACGCCGCCCCCGUAGUUCACGCUGCUCCAGUUGUGCACGCCGCCCCCUUACUUCACGCCACCCCCGUGGUUCACGCUGCUCCCAUCCAUCAUGAAGAACAUCAUUAUUCCCACCCUAAAUACGAGUUCAAAUAUGGUGUUGAGGACCACCACACUGGGGAUAUUAAACAACAACAUGAAACUCGCGAUGGGGAUGUUGUCAAGGGUGAAUACUCCCUCCAUGAACCCGAUGGUACUAUCUUGACCGUUCACUACACCGCUGACCAUCACAAUGGGUUCAAUGCCGUUGUUGAAAGGAAAGGACAUGCCGCUCAUCCUCAACAUGUUAAAGUUGUUGCUCCUGUUCAUCAUUAUUAAUCAAUGAAAGAUGUAUUUAUUGUUUUAAAUAAAUAAAGUUUAUUUUUGUACUA